AUCUCGCGGGGUCACGUGACGCUGUAUUAGCUCGUCGACUCUGCUAUGUUUGUCGUUAGUGCUAACGUUUUAGAAAUGCUAACUUUCUCGGUUUUAUCGGUUUAUUGUGAUGCGUGGACGUCCGGCGGCAACUCGGAGAGCCGUUUUUACCGACGCUGCGCGAGGAAUUUGACUGCGAAAACGGGCCUGCACGUCACGUGACCAGCAUGCGGCUAAACGUUUGAUAAAAAAGAUGGCGUCUGUGCGGUGGAGCGAAGAGGACAACAAACUGCCGAUCUGCUGAGCGCCGCCACCGGGAGCCAAGAGCUGCCGUUACACUGUCAAAUGGAUCCUGGACAGGAUUUACUUCUCGCUGCCCUAAGUGAGAGUGGCAUUUGUCCGAAUGAUAUUGGCCUAUUUGAUGUUGAUUCUCAGGAUGUUGCACAGCCCUCUACAACCCAGCAAUCUAUCUCCAUCAGUGCCCUGGAUGUUGGUGUGGGGACAGAGUCAGUGGAAGGUGUUCGAGCUGAGCUUCCAGCUCCAGUCCCUAUAGUUACUAUCAGGCACAAACCUCAGCCAUCAACCACCACGUUUGUCUUAAAUCAGCUGAAUCAGUUGCCGUCACUAGGAGCUGCUGUGACCAAACAAUCAGUUACAAACCCUAUCAAACAUACCAUAACUGUCACCAAAGUGGUCCAUGUUACUAAUUCAGCCCUGCGAGGUUCUUCGAACCCCUCCUCGAGUAUUCCUCCUUCAGCAUCCACAGUAGUGCCUUCCAACAGAGAUCAGCAGAUUCAGUUGAGAGACCUCCUUAGGACCGGCAAUGUGAAGACCACCGGUCUCAAGGGCAACAGUCUGAUGGAGCUCAUGAAGCUAAAGCCUCCACCUAACAUUGCUCCACCAGUAGCAACGGCAACAGCCACAGGUGAAAUGAACAAUGGGAUCAAGAAGGAAUUUUCGGGUAAAGAUGCUGCCAGGAUCUGGAACAAUGAUGACCUUAAAAUGCAAACUUUCUCACAUUCUCUGAAAAUCCCAGGGAUGAAGGAGGAGGAUGAGCCUGAGGAGGAAGAGGAAGACGAGUUGGGUCAUGCGGAGACUUAUGCAGAGUACAUGCCAAUGAAAUUAAAGAUCGGCCUGCGGCAUCCUGAUCCUGUGGUGGAGACCAGUUCCCUGUCCAGUGUGAACCCUCCAGAGGUCUGGUACAGACUGUCCAUCCCAGAAGAAGUCAUUGAUCGUGGCUCCCUGUCUGCUCUGCAGCUGGAGGCCAUAACAUAUGCUGCUCAGCAACAUGAGACAUUCCUUCCCAGCGGGGAUCGAGCUGCCUAUUUGAUUGGAGAUGGAGCUGGUGUUGGGAAAGGCCGCACCAUUGCAGGGAUCAUCUAUGAGAAUUACCUUUUAGGCAGGAAAAGAUCACUUUGGUUUAGUGUCUCAAACGACUUGAAGUAUGAUGCUGAAAGGGAUUUAAAGGACAUAGGAGCCAAAAACAUCCAGGUUCACUCACUGAAUAAGUUCAAAUAUGGCAAAAUCUCCUCAAAACACAAUGGGAGUGUGAAGAAAGGUGUGAUAUUCGCCACCUACUCUUCCUUGAUAGGAGAGAGCCAAUCAGGAGGGAAGUACAAGACCAGAUUUCAACAGCUUCUCCACUGGUGUGGGGAGGACUUUGAUGGAGUUAUUGUUUAUGACGAGUGUCACAAAGCCAAAAAUGUAUGUCCAAUUGGAUCAUCCAAACCAACAAAAACUGGGCUUGCAGUGUUGGAACUGCAGAACAAACUUCCCAAGGCUCGGGUUGUGUAUGCAAGUGCUACAGGUGCCUCUGAACCACGAAAUAUGGCCUAUAUGAAUCGUCUGGGCAUCUGGGGACAUAAAACACCCUUCAGAGAAUUUGCCAACUUUAUCCAAGCUGUUGAACGAAGAGGUGUUGGCGCCAUGGAGAUAGUAGCUAUGGACAUGAAACUGAGGGGCAUGUACAUUGCAAGGCAGUUGAGUUUUACAGGUGUAACUUUUAAGAUCGAGGAGGUUCCCCUGACUCAGAAAUACAUAAACAUGUACAACAAAUCUGUGAGGCUGUGGGUGACCGCACGUGAAAAGUUCCAGCAGGCAGCGAACCUGAUGGAUGCAGAGCAACGCAUGAAAAAGUCCAUGUGGGGCCAAUUCUGGUCUGCUCACCAGAGGUUCUUCAAAUACCUGUGCAUUGCCUCCAAAGUCCGCAGAGUGGUUCAGCUGGCCCGAGAGGAGGUCCAAAAUGGAAAGUGUGUGGUGAUCGGUCUUCAGUCCACUGGAGAAGCAAGAACACUUGAGGCCUUGGAGGAAGGAGGAGGGGAGCUCAACGACUUUGUGUCAACUGCAAAAGGUGUGCUGCAGUCCCUGGUUGAGAAGCACUUUCCGGCUCCUGACCGACAGAAGCUUUACAGCCUUCUUGGUAUCGACCUCCCAACUAAGAAGACCCCCUCUCCCAGUGACACUGCAGCACAACCAGAACCGAAGGGCAAGAAAAGAAAAGGUUCCGAGAUAAAAAAGCAGCAGAAAAAGAAGCCUCGCAAGCACGGUGGUUUGUCGGGUACCAGCUCGGAGGAGAGCCAGUCGGAGGAGUCGGACGGAGAGUCUGGUAAAGACAGUGACGACAGCUUCAAAUCUGUCAGCUCAGGGGACGAAGACGACGAUUUCAACCCAUUCAGAGACGAGUCCGAUGGCGAUGAGGAAGAUGAUCCAUGGCUCAUCAGAAAGGAACCAAAGAAAGGGAAAGAGAAGAAAAAGAAAAAGAGAAAGAAGAGUAUUGAUCCGGACUCCAUUCAAAGUGCCUUGCUAGCCUCUGGGCUGGGCUCCACCAGGCCGGCUUUCACUGCCCCCGUUAUUCCCGCCAGCACACCGGCCAUAGUCAAGGCAGAGAGUCAGGAUAGCUGUCUAACAAGUCAGGAUGCAGUGGAACAUGCCCAGAAAAUGAAGAAAGAUCUGCUGGAAAAACUGGAGGAACUAGCUGAGGAUCUACCUCCCAACACUCUGGACGAGCUGAUAGAUGAACUGGGAGGACCAGAGAACGUAGCUGAGAUGACUGGACGCAAAGGUCGUGUGGUCAGCAAUGACGAUGGCACCAUCACGUAUGAAUCCCGCUCUGAGCUGGAUGUCCCGGUAGAAAUCCUCAAUCUCACAGAGAAGCAAAGGUUCAUGGACGGAGAGAAGAACAUAGCCAUCAUCUCGGAAGCUGCCAGCUCAGGUAUUUCACUACAGGCCGAUCGUCGAGUGAAGAACCAGCGGCGGAGAGUCCACAUGACACUAGAGCUACCGUGGAGUGCAGACAGAGCUAUACAGCAGUUUGGGAGAACUCACAGGUCGAACCAGGUCACAGCUCCAGAAUACGUCUUCCUCAUUUCAGAGCUUGCAGGAGAGCAGAGAUUUGCAUCCAUCGUUGCCAAAAGACUAGAAAGCCUGGGUGCUCUCACUCACGGGGACAGAAGAGCAACAGAAACUCGAGAUCUCAGCAGGUUUAAUUUUGACAACAAAUACGGCAGAAACGCUCUGGAAAUUGUGAUGAAGUCAAUUGUUAAGCUUGAUUCUCCGUUAGUGUCUCCGCCCUCUAACUUUAAAGGUGAUUUCUUCAAAGAAAUUCAAAGUGGAUUAAUAGGCGUGGGCCUCAUAAAUUUGGAAGACAGAUCUGGCGCAAUGUCACUGGACAAAGAUUACAACAACAUGGGGAAGUUCCUGAACCGUAUUUUGGGCAUGGAGGUCCAGCAGCAAAAUGCCUUGUUCCAGUACUUUUCUGACACGUUGGCGGCAGUUAUUCAGGAAGCCAAGAAGAACGGCAGAUAUGACAUGGGCAUUCUCGAUCUGGGCUCUGGUGAUGAGAAGGUGAAGAAGGUGGACUGCAGGAAAUUCCUUACACCGGGCUACACUACAUCAGGACAUGUGGAACUCUUCACCGUGAGUGUGGAGAGGGGGAUGUCGUGGGAGGAAGCCACGCAUGCUUGGGCAGAUCAGAAUGGACCAGAUGAUGGUUUCUAUGUUCAGAUGAGGAACAACAAGAAAACAGCCAUACUGGUCAAAGAGGUGAACACCAAGAAGAGGCUCUUCCUGGUUCACAGGCCCAACACCGGCCGACAGCUCAAACUGGAGACCUAUGCAGACAUCAAGAAGAAGUUUAAAAAGGUUUUGUCAGAAGACGCCAAGCAGCACUGGACUGACCAGUACAAGUUGUCAGCAAAGAUCUGCGCUCAUGCAUAUUGGCGGGGUAACUGUAAGAAAGCAUCUGUGGGUCUUCAGUGUGAAGUUGGCCUUCGGUGUCGGUCGUACUACGUUCUGUGUGGCUCCGUGCUCAGUGUGUGGAAUGAGCUGGAGGAAGUGCUAACUCCAGUCAGUGGAACCAAUGUGAAGGUGCAGAUUGUCCGCCUCAGAACAGAAGAUGGACAGAGGAUAGUUGGACUGAUCAUUCCAGCAAACUGCGUGUCUCCUUUAUGUAACAAGCUCUCGACAUCAGACCAGUGCCAGCAGCUCGCUGUGCAGGAGCUGCAGAAACUGCAGCAGCUUCAUCCCCAAAGUCUCAGUCAUGCACCGAACACAUAGUUUGGGGGGGGGACCAUGUUGAAUCCCUUCUCUCGAAGCUGACAUCCCAAACUAAAGGGAUCUGACUCAUGAGUCUCUAUCUCUGCACUGCAUACUCCAGGACCGCUGUCUGUUGUUCUGCACCCUCACGCCCCUCCCCAAAUGGUCUGAGGGUCUGAGGUGACCAACCACACUAUCAGAUGUAAAGCAGUGGUUGUACAGAGGAAAGAUUUCAGGUGUUUUUUCUUUUUUUAAAUCUCCAGAGACACUUUUUUUCACCUAGAGAGAUUUUGACGGGUGAUGUUUUGUCCUCUGACAUUCAGAGUGAAAAGAAUUGUAAUAUAAUAGUAAUGAUGGAGGCAGAUUUGAUAUGUAGAGGGCCUGUCGGCCUGUGGCUGUUGAGUUAUCCACUCCUCACCCAUGCUUUAAGCUGUUUAGUCUGAACUACCUGGUAUGAAGCAAAGACUUUUUUUUUUU